AUGCAAAAUCAGAAUGAAACAGUUAAAGAUGUGCUGAUGAAGGUAUUGAAUGAAAUGAAAACUGGUAAAGCUUCCAGUCACAUUGAGGAGAGCCUACAGGAGACUAUAGCAUACGAUACCCAUGUGGAAAAAAACAAAAUCCAGAGUGAAGAAAACCUAGCUGCAGUCGUUGGGGACCUGACUAAUCAGGUAGAAAUGCUGAAAACGGAAAAUGAAUCUAUAAAAAAACAACUCAAAGAGAAAAAAUCAAAUUUAGCGCAAUGUUUGGAGAUAUCAGACAACAACCAUUCAAAUAUUAACGAUCUAUCUGGGAGUAUCGACAUCAUGAUUAAAGAAAAGGAAAACUAUCUCACGGAUAUAAAGCAGCUGAAAAAUACUAUUGCCGAGAAAAAUAUGGCUUUGAAACAAAAGGACGAGGAAAUCUUUGAACUAAAGAGCAAACUAGACUUUAAUAUUCAAGGUUCAGAAGUGGACCUGGCAAAAGAAAAUAAGGGUUUACGUAAAGCACUGAAAGAAUGCAAAAAAGAAUUAGAGCUAUUGCAAGAAAAUUAUUUACGGAAUAUCACCCCGUGUACUAAUGAAAAGUGUAAAACGCUGGUGAAGGGAAACGUAGAACAAAACAAUGCAGUUAUAAAAAAUGUACGUGGAGAUGAAAAUGAAGAUAAAAUUCAAAGUGAAGCUGAAAUCGCUAUAUUAAAGGAGAAGGUAAAAAAUUUAGAGGAAAGUCUUGAACAGGCUAAAUUGGAAAUCAACGAAUAUGAAGACUUUAAUAUUCAAGGUUCAGAAGUGGACCUGGCAAAAGAAAAUAAGGGUUUACGUAAAGCACUGAAAGAAUGCGAAAAAGAAUUAGAGCUAUUGCAAGAAGAUUAUUUAUGGAAUAUCACCCCGUGUACUAAUGAAAAGUGUAAAACGUUGGUGAAGAGAAACGUAGAACAAAACAAUGCAGUUAUAAAAAAUGUACGUGGAAAUGAAAAUGAAGAUAAAAUUCAAAGUGAAGCUGAAAUCGCUAUAUUAAAGAAGAAGGUAAAAAAUUUAGAGGAAAGUCUUGAACAGGCUAAAUUGGAAAUCAACGAAUAUGAAGAAGAAAACAAGUAUUACAACCAAAAAGUUAAUAGUUUGGUAAUGCACCUGCAAAUUCUGGAAAAAGAGAAAUUAGAAACAAAGAGUGACGACAAUUUAAAGCAAGAACAAGAAACUGAAUUAAAAAGCAAAAUUGCACAAAUGGAGGAAAACUUGAAAGUAACAAAUCAAGAAAAGGUUAAACUGAUUGAAGAGAAAGAAUAUUUAAAGAAUCAGGUUGUUAACUUACAAACUGAAGUCAUGUAUAUUCGAGAAAAAGAUGACGUUUUACAGGAGAAGAUUAAGCAACUAGAAAAGUCAGAAUGUGAAAAUGAAAAAGAAAACAGUACAAUGGCUCGAUUGUUUGAAGAAAAACAAAACUUAGAGACUCAAAUAAUAGCUUUACAAGACGAAAUAGUAAAAAAGCAAAAGGACGAAAAACAGGUGCUAAUGUUACAGGAAAACUUGAAAGCAGCAAACAAAGAUAUAGCUAAAUUGUUUGAAGAGAGGGAAUUUUUAAAGAAUCAAACAAUUAGCUUGCAAAAGGAUAUUAAGCGAUUACAAGAAAAGGAUGAAAAGCAAAUUUUAAUGCUGCAAGAAAAGAUUGAUAAUUUAGAAAACUCGCAAAAUGAAAAACAAAAGGAAAUUGAUCAGUGUUGCUGCGUUGUAAGAAAUAUUAAAGCAACCAUAGACAGCAAGAGUUUCGUUGAUAAUAAUAAUUUCACACAAAUAACUUCUUUGGAAAAUCAAAACCGUCAACUCCAGCAGACGAUUAGCGCUUUAAAAUCUGAACUUACAGCUUAUCAGGAAAAAUAUAAAGAUUGUAGCUCUACCAAUGAAAACUUACUUACUUUAGAAGAAGACAACCAAAAGCUGCAACAACAGAUCCAGGCUUUAAAGUCUGAACUUGCAGCUUAUCAGAAUAAAUAUAAAGGUUGUAAUUGUACUAAAAAAAAUAAUUCCGCUGAAACGACUACCUUGAAAGACGAAAACCAAAAGCUACAGGAACAGAUCGAAGCUUUAAAAUCUGAUCUCGUAGAGUAUCAAAAUAGAUACAAAGGUUGCAACUGUAAAUCUGAAAAAUAUGAAACAGAAACGAUUAACUCGGAUUCUGUCAACAUCAAACUACAAAACGAAAUUAAAGAACUGGAAACCGAGCUAUGUCAACGUGAAUGUCUCACCGAGAAGCUGCAAAAUGAUAUUAAAGAUAUGGAAAUUGAAAUAUGUCGAAGGCAAUGCACAAUAAAUCACCUAGAGCAAUGUCUAGAUAAAAGCAACAAAAUACUUGCAGAAUGUGAAAAGGAAAUGAAAGAAAUGCACGCUGAGAAUGAAAAUCUAAAAAAGCAAAAUGAAUAUAUGAAAAACGAUUUAAGAGAUUAUCUCUUCGAGGCAGAACGUGCAUCGGAAGAAAGAAGUGUCUUACAGGAUGAACUUACUACAGUUUUUAGAAAAAGUCAAGCAUUAGAAUUAGAGAAAUUUGAGUUGUCAAAGAAUUUACAAGAAAAAUGUAACGCUGAAGAUGAACUGAAGCAAUUGCAAAAACAGUACAAUAAUCUCUUGAAAACAACUCGAGAAAAAGAUGACGCGCUGAAAGGCACAAAUAAAAAAAUUGAGGCUUUGCAAGAAGCACUGGAAGUAGGUAAAAAGGAACAUGAUAAAAUAAUGAAUGCAUACAAGGAGGUAAAAGAGACCCUGUCGGAAGAAAUAAAAAAAUACAAGGAAGAAUCUGAACGAAUGGAUAAAGAGAAAGACAUAAAAAUAAACCAUAAACAAGAAGCAAAGUACUCUGCAAAUGUCGAAGAACUGAACGCAAUUAUAAUGGAAAAACAGAAAAUGAUAAAGGCUUUAGAAAACCAAAUCGAGGAAUUAACAUCAGAAGGGGCUGAACUUAAAGCAUACGUCACUAAACUUAUAUCCGACAACAAAAACUUGAGGACGGCAAUAGAAAAUCUAUUAAUGAAUUUAGCAGAAAAACUAAAAAAUUUCACAGAGAACGAAGAAAAUAUCUCUGUAAAAUCCAACGAGAUGAUAGUGAAAGACAUACUAAACUCUCUUAUUGAUUUAGAAAACAAUAUUGUCGACAAUAAUGGCACAUGCAAAGAGAAGUGUAAUUGCAUGUCAGUGAUUAAAUCUACAUACAAAAUCGAUGGAAAGGAUUCUAAAGCUAGAAACGUGUCCCCCUGUAAACAGAAGUGCGGAAAGAGAAUAAAAGAUGUGCUGAAGUGUGCCAAUACUAGCAACGAUUGUAUACAGUGUUGCCCAGAUAAAGAAAAAGGGCAAGAUGACAAGCCAGAGGCCAAUUCUUCUAGCUCGUUUAAAAGUAAAUUUUAA